GGAAAGUGUCAAACGCCCAGACACGCGAUAUGGGGUAGCUUAUUGUUCUGCACGGACGGUGUCAACGCCACGAACUUCCUUAAUCUCGACUACUGUGAGACGCCCCCUUACUUGCGAUGUUUAUAAGAAGCUGCUCAUUACCUCUCGAAGAGAACAUGUUGUUUCCCGCAUCUUGUGCAAUACGGCCACAUCGCUCAUUACUUCUCCUUCUUUUCGAACCAAGCCCUAGAGGCUUAGUCCCUUCCUUUGAGGCAACUGCUCUUCGUCCACUCCUUUUUUCAGAUCCUGUGUACAGUUCUCUCAGUCAGCCACUGCCAACUGAUAGCCGUCAUCGAGACACCAUCAAGAUAUAAUGAAGAUCUCGCUUAGCCUUGGUUCGGCGCUGGCUGCCGCCGGUAUUGUUGAGGGGCAUAUCGCCGCUUGGGCUGAUGGCAUGUAUUGCCGAGGCGGGAACAACACCGCGGUAGACGAUUCCAACACCAACCUGGUAGUCAACCCGCUCUACCAACUCCCGAAAGCCAAGUGGUGGAUGCAAGCCGACCGCGGAUGCGACAAGGUGCCCCCUCCGGCGGGCCAGUUCCUCAACUUACCCGCCCGGGGCAAGUUCACCAUCGAUCUCGGAGCCAACCGCGGCUGCACAAGCCUUUCCUACGGCGGCAAGACCGCGACGCAGUGGCCGGACUGCAGCGAACACCCGGAAGACUGGCACGCGCCCGGGCCGGGCAAGUGUCUCGUCGAUAACCUGGACGGGAAGGGCGGGGCGAUGCACACGCAGAACUACACCACCACGGCCGGCACAGCAUUCGCCAUCAGCUAUCAGUCGAAUAUCAAGAAGGUUACGAUGGAGAACCUCGUUGUUUUUUCAGUUGUCGAGCAUACCCCUUGGAAACGCGUGACUUCGUACCAGGUCCCGGACUUGCCUGCCUGCCCGGUGGGAGGUUGCUACUGCGCCUGGCUCUGGGUGCCAGAUGGAUGUGGCCAGCCAAACAUGUACAUGCAGAACUUUAGAUGCAAUGUUACCAACGCCGUGUCCACAAAGAGACUGGGCGUCGCUAAGCCGCCCGUCGCUUGCCGAGAUGAUUCGAAGAAGUGUAUCGCUGGACCGAAGCAAAUGAUUGCUUGGAAUCAAGCCGAAGGAAACAACGUGCCGGAUAUCGGGUACAGUCCCGGGUACAACGCCAGGAUGGGCUUCAAGCCAGGUGCUCAGAAUGACAUUUUUGUCUAGAGAGCAUCGUCGGAACUUCGUCGCCAGUCAACCGUCUGCAGGGUUCCAGAUCCGGAUAUGCACACCUUGACCGAGUGGAGAGCGCUAGCGAAGCUCACCGGUGACAUGGGGCCCAGCCUGGAUGGUUUUGCGCGGUGAAUUAUUUUCCAUUUCUUGUACAUAUUGAUGACCAUAAGCGAGGGGGAGAAAGCACAAACAUCAUUUGCUUUACUCGUGAAAGGUACCGGGGCCUAAUGCACGUAUUGCCGAGCGCUUUUUCGCCAAAAGUUGCCUAGAUUGAUGCGAGGCUUCGAGUAGGGACCAGUGAUGAGUGUUUGCGGAGAGAUCAUCGUGAAGCGGCAUGCUAGAGGCAUGACCUGAUCUGAAAACUGAUAUUGUGAAAUGACCUUAUCAUCUUGUAUGCAGCUCGGUCCUUUCAAAAUAUAGUACGGCCGUACCCCUGCGAGGAAACGUGGCCGAGCACAAGGCCUAGGACGCUAGGAGC